AUGGGCGACUGUGGGGAUAGGGUCCUCUGACGUCAUUCACGACUUCGUCGGUGGGACGCCACAUGCGCUCCCCGCCGUGCUGCUGUGGCUCAGCCUCAGCGCUGGCCCAUAGCCGCACUUGGCAUCUCCUAGCGCACGUCCGUGGCGCCUCCUAAUCCCGAUCCUAGCUCAAAUUUCAGGCCAGGUAUAUAUACCGCGCCGUAGGGCGCGGUGCCAGCCCACAACAGCGCGUUCCCAGAUUCCCCCUCUUGACGACUGCACGACCUCUCACGAACAACUUACACGCUAGACGACCGAUGAGCAUGCACAAGGACGACCCGACCGUCUUCACGACCACCGACCGCCUCCCGCACGGCCAGAAGUUCGUCCCGGCCGAGGACGGGGUGAACGGCCAUGGCCCACAGCGCGUCGCCCUCGUCACGGGCGCGGGCCAGGGCAUCGGCCGCGCUAUCGCGGUGCGUCUGGCCAAGGACGGCUUCGACGUGGCCGUCAGCGACAUCCCGUCAAACCGUGCGCGCCUGCAGGAGACCGCGGAGGCGAUCAAGUCUGAUGCGGGGAGGAGAGUGAUCACGGUCUAUGCAGAUGUGUCGAAGGAAGACGAGGUCAAGGCGAUGGUAGAUACAGUAGCCGAUGAGCUUGGAGGGCUGGAUGUGAUGGUCGCGAACGCGGGAAUGGCUAUCCUCGAGGAAUUCAUCGAGUCGAAACUACCCACGUGGGAGAAGACAUUCGCGAUCAACGUCUGCGGGGUCAUGCUUUGCUACAAGUACGCUGCGAAGCAGAUGAUCAAGCAGGGCCGCGGCGGGCGACUCAUCGGCGCCUGCUCCAUAGCAGGCAAGCGUGGCGAUCCAAACUCGGCAGCGUAUUGCGCGAGCAAGUUUGCAGUGCGCGGUUUGUCGCAGAGUGCGGCGAUCGAGCUUGCGCCGCACGGGAUCAAUGUGAACUGCUAUGCACCGGGGGCCAUCCACACGGAGUUCUUGGACAAGGUAGACGAGAAGUACACUCAGGAGGAAGGAAAGGAGCGGGGCGCGUAUAUCAAGCAGCGUGCGGAGGCUAUUCCGCUUGGCAGGGUGGGCCAGCCCGAAGAUGUCUCCGGCAUCGUAUCCUUCCUUGCUGGUCCGGACUCGAAAUUCGUGACCGGUCAAGCAAUUACGGUUGAUGGCGGAACUCUUUUCGACUAAAUGGGCGCAGAUGGACUUCAGCUAGUUGCUAUACCUGACAUAGAAUCAUACACGAGCAUCUUACAGUCACGGGGACAAGUGUACUCGCGGCGCUGGGAGUCGGGACGCUCAGUACAAGACGUGUUAUAUAGCUGUAUCGAUAAGAUGUAGCAAGAAUAUAGACGUUGCAACGACUGGCUACUGUCAAUAGUACCAGGUGCAACGCACAGUCUUA